CAACACCACGACAACCUCUCCACCGCGCACCAUGAACCUGACAGGCUACUCCGACUCCGAAGACUCCGGCGACGACACCCCUGCCGUCUCCCAACCUGCCGCAAAGCCCGCACCCAAGCCCGCCUUCCAAAAAGUCGUCGACCGCUCGAACCCCGGCAAGAUCAAGCUCAAUCUGCCCAGCGCAUCCCAGUCGCACGCCGCAACGGAUGACAUCGAGUCCGAAGCACCGCCGGCUAAGAAGGCGCGCAUCGGGGGCGGCGCAUUCGGCGGUUUCAAUGCGAUGCUGCCUGCGCCUAAAAAACCAAGAGUGGAAGCAGCCACCGCCGACGCACCUUCCGGGAAGAGGGGAUUAGGCAAGGGCUUGGGAGCAGGCGUGAACCUGAAGACGGGCGCAGAGCCUGCCUUCCAACGGCAGCGAGCACUCGACCUGGACGACUAUGAUGAGAAUGGGAACCCAAUCAAGCAAGAAGCACGGAAACAGGAGGACUUUCGCGCACUGCUGAACUUGCCCGCGCCAAAGACCGACACCAAGGCUGCAGAACCUCCAGCAUCCACGCCUUCAGACUCGCCAGCACCGCCUGCAUCAACUGCCGAACAAGCGCCCGCAAGACCCAGGUUCAUGCCCAAGGGAAUGGGAUGGGGGAAGAAAAAGAAGCCCGCAGCCGCUAGAGCAUCGACAGCUUCGGCGCAAAUCGAUGCCAGAACCGCGUCCCAAGCAUCGUCUAUUGCGCCUCCAGCAGAACAGAAGCCGCCGCCCAAACCCAAAGUAUCGCUCUUUGGAUCUGUGUCACAGGAGGUGGAAGCUCCAGCGAAACAGCCAGCCGGAGAGUACCAACCUCUAAUCUACGGCGCCGACCAGGACGACGAGGAAAUGGCCAUCCCGGACUCGGCCUUUUCGUCCCACCCAACCCCUGCCCCCAUCUCCCACGCCCCACCUCCCUCAAACGACCUCACCAACAUCGCCUCCGAACUCAACCUCACCGAAGCGGAGCGACGCCAGCUCUUUGGCAGGAAAGGUCAAGGGCCCGAUUUCUCAGGCGCCAAGAUUGUCGACUUCAACACAGACCGCGAGUAUGCACACAACGAGAUGCUGCGCCAGCAGGGCGAGACGGUGCAGCACAAUGCACUUAAGAGCAUCUCCGGAACAGGCAAGAAUAGUCUCAGGAGCUUGAUCAACGUGGCAAGCACGCAGAAGGAUGCGCUGGAGGAGCAUUUUGCGAGCGGGCGUCGGAACAAGAAGGAGGCGGGUAAUAAGUAUGGGUGGUAGACGAGAAUCCAACCAGCACUUCAAGGAAUGAACGCACGCUGUAUUUGUUUCACUUCAUGUCCUCUUUGUUCAUAUCAUUCUCAC